AGAUAUAUAUUUAUUUGUUUUGGUAUAAAUAGGCAGCUGUGGUAGAAUUUUCAGUUCAUUUGAAGUUUUUCUUUUGUGCCGUGUGGAUUUUUAGUCUAUCUAAACGACACCAUGUUCCGUUUGCUGCUAAUUGCCGCAUUUCUCGCUGUUAGUGUGCACGCCUACUCAGAGGGUGCACCAAAGGCCGCUUGCCGUGAUCUGACCCCACAGCAUGGAGCUGAGCUGCAGACCAAGAAGCCGCCAUAUAGCUUCUCAGGUCCCUCACAUGUGCGUGGCGAUCAGAAGCUGACACUAACACUGGGUGGCGAUCAGUUCCUGGGCUUCCUGAUUCAAGCGCGCGACGGUCAGAAUCGUGUGGUGGGUCAGUUCAAGGUGGUGGACACGCAACACUCACAAACCCUAGACUGCUCGGGACCACAAGAUUCCUUGACCCAUUUGAACGCCGUCAAGGGCAGCCCUCUGAGCGGCGUUACCUUCGACUGGAUCCCACCAGCAGGCUACAAGGGCAAUGUCAAAUUCAUGGCUACAGUGGUGCAGACUGGAUUUGUCUAUUGGGUGGGUCGCGUCACCAAGGACAUUGAUGUGGAGUAAACUGUUUUUUUCAAAUUUAUUUUAAAUUUUUUUAUUUCCGAAUGUGUUCUUGCUAUUUUUUUCUAACAUUCUUAUUAUUUUGUCCAUUUGAAGGCUAAUGGAAUUUUUGUGAUACAUA